GCUCUUGGGAGGAGCCAAGAGCUGAGCUGUAGUGCCAGGAUGCUGCCUCUGUCAGUGCCCACAUUAAGCUGCCUCGUGGGUCCUUUCACAUCCUUCUUGCUCAACGACGGAGUACACAGGAUGGAAACUGCUCUCUGCUUUUGGGAGACAGCACAUGGUUCAGCUUAAUAAAGCUGUGAUUGGAGACCAAAGCAGAAGGCACUUUCUCAGGCUUUCUGUGGCCAGCCUGAAGGAGAAAGAACAUUCAUGCCCCCCAAGCCCAGAACGAUGGAAGGACAAGGGGUAGCCCGAACCCUCAGGCUGCUCCGAAAUCGCUUACCACGACUUGGAGCAGGACCUUCCCAGAACAAUCCUCGGGAAGCUGUCCCAGAACCAGAAAGGACCCAGGAACAUUCCCUGUCUAGCUUUGCUGGAGGCCAGCACUUCUUUGAAUACCUUCUUGUUGUUUCUUUAAAGAAAAAGCGUUCAGGGGAUGAAUAUGAACCCACGAUCACCUACCAGUUUCCCAAGAGGGAGAACCUGCUACGGGGCCAACAGGAGGAGGAGGAACGUCUGCUCAAAGCCAUUCCUUUGUUUUGCUUCCCUGAUGGGAAUGAGUGGGCACCACUCACAGAUUAUCCCAGGGAGACCUUCUCAUUUGUCCUGACCAAUGUGGAUGGAAGCAGGAAGAUUGGAUACUGCAGGCGCCUUCUGCCUGCCGGUCCUGGCCCUCGCCUUCCCAAGGUAUACUGCAUCAUCAGCUGCAUCGGCUGCUUCGCCUUGUUCUCCAAGAUACUAGAUGAAGUAGAGAAGAGACAUCAGAUCUCCAUGGCUGUCAUCUACCCAUUCAUGCAAGGUCUCCGAGAGGCAGCCUUCCCUGCACCUGGAAAGACUGUCACCCUUAAGAGCUUCAUCCCUGACUCAGGCACGGAGUUCAUCUCACUGACACGGCCCCUGGACUCCCACCUCGAACAUGUGGACUUUAGUGCUCUGUUGCACUGUCUCCAUUUUGAGCAGAUUAUUCAGAUCUUUGCCUCUGCAGUACUGGAAAGAAAAAUCAUCUUCCUGGCAGAAGGUCUCAGUACCCUGUCUCAGUGUAUUCACGCUGCAGCUGCUCUGCUCUACCCCUUUAGUUGGGCACACACGUACAUCCCUGUGGUCCCCGAGAGCCUUCUGGCCACUGUCUGCUGCCCCACCCCUUUCAUGGUUGGGGUACAGAUGCGCUUCCAGCAGGAGGUUAUGGACAGUCCUAUGGAAGAGGUCCUGUUGGUGAAUCUUUGCGAAGGAACCUUCUUAUUGUCGGUUGGUGAUGAAAAAGACAUCCUACCACCAAAACUUCAGGGUGACAUCUUGGACUCUCUUGGUCAGGGGAUAAAUGAGCUAAAGACUUCAGAACAAAUCAAUGAGCAUGUUUCAGGCCCGUUUGUGCAGUUCUUCGUCAAGACUGUGGGCCACUAUGCCUCCUAUAUCAAACGGGAGGCUAGUGGGCAAGGCCACUUCCAAGAACGAUCCUUCUGUAAGGCUGUCACCUCCAAAACCAAGCGCCGAUUCGUGAAGAAGUUUGUGAAGACACAACUUUUCUCCCUGUUCAUCCAGGAAGCAGAGAAGAGCAGGAAUCCUCCUGCAGGCUAUUUCCAAAAGAAAAUACUUGAAUACGAGGAACAGAAGAAACAAAAGAAAUCAAGAGAAAAGACUGUGAAGUAAAAGCCAUGGUGAGCAACAGUGUCUACAGCUACAGGCCAAUUUGGACUUUGGCCCUUCUGGUGUGACAGGAUCAGGGAGAGCCCCUCAGUCCUGGAAUCCAUGGCUUCCUUCCAACUGGCAAUCCAGUCCUGCUUCAAAGCGGUGUCUGAGUUUGGGAUCCUUGGUGUCAGGGUUUCUCAGAACUUUGAGAACUCUCACCCAAGCUCAGAGAACUGUACUCAAAGCUGCAGUUUUAGCAGAAUGGACACAGUGAUAAACAGUAGUACAGUUGUGGGUGCUUGAUUAGAAGUUGCCGCCAAUGCCAUCUCCUGGGAACCACUGUUAUAGAAUCCUCACCAGAGAACACUGUUGUGGCCCAACAACCCAUGU